AUGUCGUAUAUCCAACAAGCCCCACAACAAUUCUAUGUCCAACCCCUCGUUCAACCCGUUCAAUAUCAACCAGUCCAACUCCAAGUCCCUCCAAUGAUGACUGCUCAACAAGUCCCACAACAAGCUCCAGUCAAGACUGAAUCCCACGUCUCGACUGCGUUACUGUACGCCUUUGGUUACAUCUUCCCAGUCGUUUGGAUCUUCCAGUUGUUCUUGAUUUUCAAUCCCGCUCCACAGACGAAGUUAUGGGGAUAUAGAGCUCUUUCGGCGCUCUUAAUGUACUUGGUCAUAAUUUUUGUCGUCUUGUUCUCCAUUGCUCUUUCGGAGGACAUCUAUUGCUGGAACACGAGAACAAGAGAAACACAAACAAAACAAUUUUACUGCGAAAUAUGCGACUACGCUACAGACUCAAUUGACGAUAUGGAGAAUCACGUCAUGGCCUACCACGCCAAUGUCUGCUCUCUCUGCGGUAAAACACUAAAAACAGAUAAGUUACUUGACAUCCACAUCUCGGAAAAACACGACAACUACUUCGCAGUUAAAGCAACACAAAUACCUUCAUAUCAGUGCUUUGACAAUUCAUGCGAUAAAGUUUUCUUGACCCCCAGCGAUCGGUUUUCGCAUAUGGAAAGGUAUCACCACUGGGCUCCAAUGGCAAUCACUGCACUUCAAAACGCCUUAUAA